AUGGUUUGCCUCACCUCCAUUGCCAUCGCCACUGUUCUCAUCGCCUCGGCGACAUCCCAAGAGUUCAAUACCUGGCCCCAACAUAACUAUGGUGGCUGGUACGACCAAAUUAACGGCGACGUGACGGCCUCUGCGUCACCUACGAUCUCACCGGGGGGCGCGACCAGAUUCUCCAUCCUCUUCAACAGGGUCGACCCUCCUUAUGCCGGCUUAUACAUCUAG